AUGAUGCAAUACACUGAAACCCCACCACAACUUUUGCAUCGAACUGCUUCUUUUUCAAACCUCACCAUGAACAAGAACCAAUUUCACAGGACUCGCCCAUGGCCUGGUUUCCCUUCAUCAAAAUCCUUGGGAAAUUUCGGUGAUGCAAACUGCAUGGAACAACUUUUAGUUCAUUGCGCAAAUGCAAUCGAAAUCAAUGAUGCCACUCUCACCCAGCAAAUCUUAUGGGUCCUUAACAACAUUGCACCCCCAGAUGGUGAUUCUAAUCAGCGUCUAACAUGUGCCUUCCUUCGCGCUCUCAUCACUCGAGCUGCAAAAAGUGGUACUUGCAAAAUGCUUGCUGCCAUGGAAAAUGCUCACUACAAUCUUUCCCUCGAGAGCCAUAAAUUCUCCGUCAUAGAGCUCGCUAGCUUUGUGGACUUAACUCCAUGGCAUCGCUUCGGCUUCACUGCCGCAAAUGCAGCAAUAUUAGAAGCAGUUGAGGGGUAUUCAGUUAUUCAUAUUGUUGAUUUAAGCUUGACUCACUGCAUGCAAAUCCCUACCCUUGUUGAUGCUAUCGCUAGUCGGUUCGAGGUGCUACCACGGCUGAAGCUCACAGUAGUUGGUGCCACAGAAGAUGUACCACCAAAACUUGAUCUUUCAUACGAGGAGUUGGGUUUAAAGCUGAUUAACUUCGCCAGGUCUAGAAAUAUAAUGAUGGAAUUCAGAGUGAUUCGUUCAAGUUAUGCUGAUGGGUUUUCUUCUUUGAUCGAUCACAUCCGGAUGCAACAUUUUGUGUACGCAGAAAGUGGGGAGGCUCUAGUUAUAAACUGCCACAUGAUGCUUCACUAUAUACCAGAUGAAACCCUUUCACCAAUUCUUAACACGAAUUCGAAUCCUUACUUUCUCGAGCCUUCCUCCACUCCAUCAGUUAGAACGAUGUUUCUCAAAGCGUUAAGAAGUUUAAACCCAACCAUUGUCCUACUAGUCGAUGAAGAUGCAGAUUUUACAUCAGAUAAUUUGGUGUGUAGAUUAAGAUCAGCUUUCAACUAUUUAUGGAUACCUUACGAUACUGUGGACACAUUUCUUCCACAGGGAAGCAAGCAAAGGCAGUGGUAUGAAGCUGACAUUUGUUGGAAAAUAGAGAAUGUGGUUGCACAUGAUGGUCUACAGAGGGUUGAGAGGCUUGAACUAAAGAGCCAUUGGGUGCAGCGAAUGAGAAAUGCAGGAUUCCAAGGGAUUAAUUUUGGAGAAGAAGCAGUUUCAGAAGUGAAAACCAUGCUUGAUGAACAUGCAGCUGGGUGGGGAUUGAAGAAGGAAGAAGGUGAUCUUGUACUUACAUGGAAAGGUCACAAUGCCGUUUUCGCUACUGCUUGGGUGCCUGCUUGAUUAAUGCCUAAUCUUAUUAUUAGUCUCUAAUUAAUUCUCUCUAUUUAUUUUUUCGCUAGUAGAUGAAAACUGAUUGUGUUCUCAGGGUUCUAAUUCAAACGAUGGUCAGUCUUAAUUAUCUUUAGUAUAUUUUAAUGUAAGAUUAUUAAUUCUAAAGACCUAA